AUAUCCCCUAUAUUGACCCUAUUGUCAAAAUUUCAAUUCUUGUAAAUUCACAGCUAUAAUCAGCUUAUCAUCCAAUGAAAACCCUCAAUGACUCUCUAAUCAAUCAUCUUUAUUAUUCUAUCAAUCUCUCAAUCGCGUUAUCUGGCUCUUUUUCUUUAUCUUUUUUGCGAUCGAAUUUAAUCAAUUUAAUCGUUCAGUAACCAUGUGUGAUUGAUUUUGUCAGUUUGGUUAGAUGGAGGGGAGCGAUGCGACUGGGGACGGUUGUGCGGAGCCGGGAGUGUUUGCGAGGGAGAGACGGUUCUACCUUAACGAAAAGUUGGUGGGAGGCGUCCAACAGGGGGAAGGUUGCAGUCAGGCCGUUCACCCUUUCCGGACGGCGUCCGAGAAGUCGACCGAGAUCCGGGUGGCGUCCUGGGCCCAGAGCGAAACGUUGCGGACCCACGGGGGCUGAACUCGAAUCGUUCUAUCGUAUAAUUUCUUCUAUGUCAGUAAAAUGAAGAAGAAGAUGUCCGAAGAGUGUUUCGACUCGAUAAUGGCAAAGGCGCAGGAGAGCGGGCAGAUAUCGAAGGAGGUGGACAACUCGGACGUCAAACACGAGUCUGAUAAAGACAGUGAUUAUGGUGGAUCUGAUUACGACACAGGAGAGGCUACGACUUUCAGGAUGCUCGUCGAGAAGACCCAGGUCUCAGAUGCUGAAUUCGUUGAAUGCUGCCAGCAAGUUGGCCUCAUAUCGACGACGCAGAUAUGCUCAUGUGGGUCUACGAUGUGCCUCUACCAUUCUGACAUAAUAGAUGGCGUCGAGUGGAAGUGCGCCCCAUGUGGCAAGCAGAGGGCGUUGAAAGACGGCACGUGGCUCGAGGAGAUACGUCAGAUCAGGCUGAAAGACAUCAUACUCGUGCUUUACUGCUGGGCGAGGAAUUACCCCGAGCCUUUGUGCCAGCAUGAGAUGGACCUGACCGACGUGUCAGUCUCAAUAGUCCCGAUGAUCUACAAAAAGUGUAAAAAGCUCUGUUCGGAAUAUUUUGAAGAUGAGGUGUCUAACAUCGGCACACCGGGGGAAGUAGUGGAGAUUGAAGAGUUCCAGACGCCAACCGGCCUCCAUAUAGUUGGCGGCGUCGAGAGGAACAACAUGAAAAAUGUUUUUUUCAGGGUCCUACCCGAGAAUUGGAACAGGGACGACCUGUGCACUGCGAUCGCGGACAAUAUCGUAUCCGGGACGAUAAUACACUGUCACAACACGACUGUGCUUGAGAUACUCGGCUCGGUCGGUCUGCGUUACCUCGAUAAAGUAUGGAAGCUCAAAGUCGUCGGGACAGGCGACUGCGACUCACCCCUCGUUACAUCGCUCUGGGCGCUUUUUGAACGGCUCAUACUCGACAAAGACUACACGCAGAGCAACCUUGUAGAAUUUCUAUUCAGGCGGAGGAUGGAGACGCACAGGGAUCCGUUCUUGUUCCUCCUCAACGUUAUCGCCGUACUACAUCCCCCUUCGACUGUGCCAACUGAUUACGACUUGAGCCAGUAAUUCCAUUUAACGUGGAAAAAA